AUGGCCGGAGACUCAGCACCAAGGGCGACCCGCGAGGAGAUGCGGGAGGCUAAGCUCCCCCUCCCCUACCGCGACAGCUGCGCCGGCCUCCUCAUUCCCCUCAACCGCUGCCGUGUCGACACUUGGUACCUCCCGUGGAAGUGCAAUGUUGGUUACCCUGGCUCUACACUCCGUCACCGCGCGGCCUAUCUUGCGCUCUCGCGAGAGAGCGACGAGCGUCACAGCUACGAGAAGUGCCAAUACGACGAGUUCAAGAAGCGUGUCGCCAAGAUGAAUGAGCUGCGCGCGGAGAAGGGUACGAGAAGCAACUAG